GGUGGGGCUCGGUCCAGGUGCGCCUUGGCGUCCGCUUGGCAGAGCGCCUGGGAGCCGCCUGUGGCAGAGAGGCUCUGUCAAAUGCGACGCGGCUUCCGUAAGAGCAAGCAGUCCGGCUCCGGGAGUCAUGGCGACCGCAGCGUCUAACCACUACAGCAUCCUCACGUCCAGCGCGUCCAUCGUGCACGCGGAGCCCGGCGGCAUGCAGCAAGCCACGGCGUACCGGGACGCACAAAGCCUGUUGCAGGGCGACUACCCGCUGCAGACCAACAGCCACGCGCUGAGCCACGCGCACCAGUGGAUCACGGCACUGUCCCACGGAGAGGCUACACCGUGGGCAGAACAGGACAUCAAGCCCACGGUGCAGGGUGCCAGAGAGGACAUGCACAACAACAGUUCCAGUGGCAACCUGCAGCAUCAAACGCGCCACCUGGUGCAUCACGGGAACCAUCACGAUGCGCGCGCGUGGAGGACCACUACCGCGGCACACAUCCCGAGCAUGGCGAGCACAAACGGUCAGAGCUUGAUCUACUCCCAGCCGGGCUUUAGUGUCAACGGGCUUUUGCCGGGCAGUGGUCAGGCUAUGUCCCACCACAGCAGCCUCCGAGACGGUCAUGAAGAGCACCACAGCCCGCAUCUCAGCGAGCACUCGCACGCGCAGUCCCAACAUCAGCACCAGCACCGGCCGCAGAGCCACCACGAACACUCAGACGAGGACACGCCGACGUCAGAUGACUUGGAACAGUUUGCCAAACAGUUCAAACAGCGCAGGAUCAAGCUUGGCUUCACGCAGGCGGACGUGGGUCUUGCACUCGGAACUCUGUACGGAAAUGUGUUUUCCCAGACCACUAUCUGCAGGUUUGAGGCCCUGCAGCUCAGCUUCAAAAACAUGUGCAAGCUCAAGCCUCUGUUGAACAAGUGGCUGGAAGAGGCGGACUCUACGUCGGGCAGCCCCACGAGCUUAGACAAAAUAGCAGCGCAAGGAAGGAAACGAAAAAAACGGACUUCGAUUGAGGUAAGCGUAAAAGGAGCUUUGGAGAGCCAUUUUCUGAAGUGCCCAAAACCAGCAGCGUCGGAAAUUAUCUCCCUGGCGGACAGUCUUCACUUGGAGAAAGAAGUAGUUCGGGUUUGGUUUUGUAACAGGAGACAGAAAGAGAAACGCAUGACGCCCCCGGGAGGAGCGCUGCCCGGGAGCGAGGAUGUGUACGGGGACACGCCACCGCACCAUGGGGUCCAGACCCCGGUCCAGUGA